CGUCACUUUCCGUUAAUGCAUCCACCGCCCGUAUUCGAACGCGCAGCGGCUGGGAUGUGCAAUGGCGUGAUCAGCGAUGUCGCACACGACUCGCCUCCUUCCCUCAUCGCCUUCUUCUUGAAUUUCUUCUGCGCUUGCUUCUCCAGCCGUGACCCGCUGCGCAGCCCAGCCAGCAGCAGCACCAGCACCGACACGUUGUACGCGUUCCGACCGAAGCCUUGUCCAGAGGCCAUGCUAGACGGACGUAAAAUGACGACGACCGUGACGCUCUUUGGGACGGUCUACGAUGACGAAGUCGGUGGCCAGGCCUGUAGCGCAGAGGAGACGUCGGCGACCGGUCGUCGUCGUCGUCGUCGUCAAGAAGGAAAAUUGCACGACACUGGAUCACGUCAGGCACAUUUGUCCAUUGAUUGUCGAUAA